AUGUGUGUUUGUCAAACCAUGGAAGUGGGGAAGUGCGGCAAGAGCGCGGUGUGCGACAGGGGCCGGGGGGUCCUGCUGGAACCAUUCAUCCAUCAGGUGGGGGGACACAGCAGUAUGAUGCGCUAUGACGACCACACAGUGUGCAAACCUCUCAUUCCUCGGGAGCAGCGCUUCUACGAAUCCCUACCGCCUGAAAUGAAGGAAUUCACACCCGAAUAUAAAGGCGUUGUGUCGGUCUGCUUUGAAGGUGACAGUGACGGAUACAUCAAUCUUGUUGCCUACCCCUACGUGGAGAACGAGACUGUGGACAACGAGGAACUUCUUCCAGAAAGGGACCACCCAAGGCGCAAGCACUCUCGCCGUGGCCUGCACCGCACUAACAGCACCACUUCCAGCACGGACCACAAAGAAGAGCGCCCAACUCUGAGCACAGAGAAUUCAGAAAGCGUCCCUGAGAUGAAAAGCCCCAAGCUAGAGCUGAUGAACCAAUCAGACGUCCCCUUCCAGAUGCUGGAUGGCAAUAGCGGGCUCAGCUCAGAGCGGAUCAGCUACAACCCCUGGAGCCUGCGCUGUCACAAGCAGCAACUCAACCGCAUGCGCUCGGAAUCGAAGGAGCGCAAGCUGUACAAAUUCCUGCUUCUCGAGAACGUCGUGCACCACUUUAAGUUCCCGUGCGUGCUGGACUUGAAGAUGGGAACGCGGCAGCACGGCGACGACGCCUCGGAGGAGAAGGCGGCCAGGCAGAUGAUGAAGUGUGAACAGAGCACGUCUGCCACGCUGGGCGUGAGAGUGUGCGGCAUGCAGGUCUUCCAGAUGAACACAGGACAUUACCUGUGCCUGAACAAGUACUAUGGUCGGGGCCUCAGUGCUGAGGGCUUCAGACAAGCGCUCUACCAAUAUCUUCACAACGGCAAUCAGCUUCGCGUGGACCUGUUUGAGCCCAUCCUGAGCAAACUGCAGCGAUUGAUCUCCGUCCUGGAAAUGCAGGCGUCCUAUCGGUUCUAUUCCAGCUCCCUCCUGAUCAUCUACGACGGCAUAGAUCACCCCAGGAGUGCCGAUCCGCUCUCCCUGGAGCCACCACCCAACGUAGAUGUCAGAAUGAUAGACUUCGCCCAUAGCACCUUCAAGGGCUUCCGCGACGACCCGAAAGUGCACGACGGGCCGGACAAAGGUUACGUCCUGGGCCUGCGAAGCCUGAUCAGUAUUCUGGAGCUCAUCCGAGACGACAACCAGUAG